GAGCUGAGCGGUAGCGGGGAGCGAGCAGCGUGUACUGCUGGCACUUUUUAAGUCUCAAUGUGAGAACUCCACUGAUCUUGCCUGCAAGCUUCCCCCCCCACCCUUUUUCCUUGCACGGCACAGUCAUCGAUCGGUGUUAAAGAUCGCAUUUUAUAUGAGAUCUUGCCCUUUUUUUUUUUUGCGUGUGCGUCUCUUACAUUCUAUUUUUAUAGACUUUGCUAUAACCAUGGUGCUGGGGAAGGUGAAGAGUUUGACAAUAAGCUUCGACUGUCUCAAUGACAGCAACGUCCCCGUGUACUCCAGUGGGGAUACGGUCUCAGGAAGGGUAAAUUUAGAAGUAACUGGGGAAAUCAGAGUGAAAUCUCUUAAGAUCCACGCGAGAGGACACGCGAAAGUACGCUGGACUGAAUCGAGGAAUGCUGGAUCCAACACUGCCUACACACAGAAUUACACUGAAGAAGUAGAAUAUUUCAACCAUAAAGACAUCUUGAUUGGGCACGAAAGAGAUGAUGACAAUUCAGAAGAAGGCCUCAACACUAUUCAUUCAGGAAGGCACGAAUAUGCAUUCAGCUUUGAGCUUCCACAGACACCACUUGCUACCUCAUUCGAAGGCAGACACGGCAGUGUGCGCUAUUGGGUGAAAGCCGAAUUGCACAGGCCUUGGCUCCUACCAGUAAAAUUAAAGAAGGAAUUUACAGUCUUUGAACAUAUAGAUAUCAACACUCCUUCAUUACUGUCACCCCAGGCAGGCACAAAAGAAAAGACUCUCUGUUGCUGGUUUUGUACCUCAGGCCCAAUAUCCUUAAGUGCCAAAAUUGAAAGGAAGGGCUAUACCCCAGGUGAAUCAAUUCAGAUAUUUGCUGAGAUUGAGAACUGUUCUUCCCGUAUGGUGGUGCCAAAGGCAGCCAUUUACCAAACACAGGCCUUCUAUGCCAAAGGGAAAAUGAAGGAAGUCAAACAACUUGUUGCCAACUUGCGGGGGGAAUCCCUGUCAUCUGGGAAAACAGAGACGUGGAAUGGCAAGUUACUGAAGAUUCCGCCUGUUUCCCCCUCUAUCCUGGACUGUAGCAUAAUCCGUGUGGAAUAUUCACUAAUGGUCUAUGUGGACAUUCCUGGAGCAAUGGAUUUGUUUCUUAAUUUACCACUUGUUAUCGGAACUAUUCCGCUGCAUCCGUUUGGCAGUAGAACAUCAAGUGUUAGCAGCCAGUGUAGCAUGAAUAUGACCUGGCUUGGUCUCACCCUGCCUGAAAGACCAGAAGCCCCACCCAGCUAUGCAGAAGUGGUAACCGAGGAACAGAGGCAGAACAAUCUUGCGCCAGUCACUGCUUGUGACGAUUUUGAGCGGGCUCUACAGGGACCACUGUUUGCAUAUAUUCAGGAGUUCCGGUUUUUACCUCCACCUCUCUAUUCUGAGAUUGAUCCAAACCCAGAUCAACCAACGGAAGACAGACCAUCCUGCCCCUCUCGUUGAAGAACAACUUUACCAACCGAGUUGACUUGGGUUCCGAACUGAAUCUCUGCCCAGCUGAGGAUAGAGGAAGUAUCUUGGGAGAUACGUUUUCAGAGGAAGUGGCAUCGCUUUUGCCCAGAGAAUGGCGAACAUAUGAAACAACCAGUGAUCAUGCUUUGAAGCCUACAGCAACACCAGAGGACUGCUCCAACAUGCGUGAAGAUCUAAGCUUUCUCCCUUAAAACCGGCACAUACUAGGAGCAGCCUUAAUAACCUAUGGUCAUAUGACACGUGUCGAGACACCAUGUUGUAAGAGAGAGGGAUGAGUGCCCUCUUGACUUGAAAAUUUGCACAUGCUCAAUGCUUACAUUGUGCGGUUCUGUGUCACUACAGCUUUUUUUCUCAUUUAAGCCAGACUCUCGAAAUCUUUCAAAACUUGUUUGUGGUCCGCACAACAAGGCGCAAAAGAAAGCUUUGAAAAAAACUUUUAAGACAAAAAAAUGCACUGACAUUAUUGGUUUUUUUUUUUUAAUUUAAUGUAGCCUGGACUUUACCUGCAUAUGCACAUGCUCAGAAUUGUCCUCCUAGGCUGACCUUAUAUCACCUCUUCAGCUUGGAUCCUUUUGUGGAUUGAUUUACAAACAUCAGACGCCUUCAAGCCAAUCCUCCAUGCUGUAUGUUUUGCAGCCUACUGUAGUAGAUAAGCAACAGAUAUGUAGGGGAAAAAAAAGAUAACAGGAGGAAGCUAAUAAGAGACUAUGUUAAGACUGUAUACCUUCUUGAUUUCCUUUGAGAAUUUGUUGCCUUUCUACUAUUACAGCAAAGCAGCAUUUUGUUACAGACUGCCUAAAAUCACUUAAUCUCAGGUGAACGCAUCACUUGCCAAACUGUCGGAAUGCUAUUUGUGUUUUGUUUUGUUGCACUGUCAUAUAUUUUUUUUUUUUUUUUGGUAGGUCAGCUUUUUGGAGGGGGCAUUUGAAUAAGGGACAUGCACAAAAGGGAUAAACCCACCCACAUUCCCUUUUUAUCCUUAUGUACGGGAAGAAAUGAGCAAAACUACAACGGAGCAAAGACAGUACCAGCAGCAGGCACUAGCAAUGGGCAAAGGGUUACCUUAAAAAAAAAAAAAGUCACACGCUGUCACACGCUAUUGGGGGUUCUCAGCCACCAGGAGGGGAAAGUCAAUUUAUUUUUAUAUAGUUAAGAACCAAAAAAAUGACAUAUGUUGUGAGCCUGUGCUCUGGCAGAAAGUAUAUUUUAAGGUGCAAGAAAUAAUGGGGAAAAUGGUUAGAGGACAUGGUUUGUGCAUGCUUUAUAUUCUGCUACCUCCAGAGAAGACGAAGUGCUUUCUUGCUAAACAGCGAUUCUCAGAAUUUAAGGAACUGAGUAAGAAUAUCAAAAUGACCUUGUCUAGCAGAAUAUUCGCUGGCGAAAGGAAGGUCUUCGUGGGGUCGAGAGUGUAUUUCUAGCUUGGGCCAACAGCUAUCAGUUGGCUUUUCUGUUGAGCAAAAAGCGUGGAGUGUAUGUGAGUGAGAAGCUUUCAGACAAGAGGGAGCAUUUCUUGGUUGGUAGGAUGACCGUUGGCUCCCAGGUCACAUAUACCAGCAUUCACGGCAGGAAACAUGAGCCUUUUCGGCACCGUCCUCAUUUUCCAGAAGUCACGUACCAACUUCUCGUAUCCCCAAAAUGAGGAGUCCUGAGUUUUCAACACAUAUCAAUGUUUCUGCUGUCCGAUUCUAACGAAGUGCGUGUUUGAUCCACCCUGCAGUUUAACCCCGUGCUUAGUGAAGUGGCUGAGAGCAGAGUGACUCAAACCUGUGCUUGUCCUGCUAUAGUACUGUCUUAAUUUUAUGCUUCAUACAAAAACAAAAUAGGCUUUUCCAUAAGUGGCCUUUAUGAAAACAUGGAAAACGAUUCAUGUUUGAAAAUGCUGACAGGGUGGAGAAAGCCCAACGUAAAGAAAAGGAACAAAUGAAUCGCGUUUUAAGUGAUUCUCUUAAUUAGUUCGGGCUACAGUAAACAAACUAAUACUAGAUAACAAGGAAAUGGGGGUGAAGUAUUUUUUUAUUCUUGCUAAACCAUUUUGUGAAUGCCCCCCUCCCCCAAAAAGCUGAUGGAAUACCUGGCAUAUAAGGGCAUUUGGUGGGUGUUUUCGGUUAGGGGGUUUUGUUAUGGUCUGAUAACCCCAUAUUCUUUUUUCUUCCUUUUUGUUUAACAGACUAGGGAACAAUUACUGUUAUGCAUAGCAUUGAAAUACUUAUCGGAGUGAAAUGCAAAAAUGACACAUGAAGCAGGGAUUGACCAAUAUUCUAGUCAUUGGCACCAGAUCACAUGAAGAAAAUGUGAUCCCGUUUAAAAUUUAAAAACUUUAUCAAAUAAAGUUUUCAUGAAAGUAUUUCUUUACUGUCUUGUUUAGAGGCAUUACUUUUUUCUCAUUAUUUUGAUAUUGGUCACUUCCUAAUCUUAUAAGAAAUGAGGUUCACUGUUGUAUUCCAGUAUUCAACAUGGAUUCCUGAUUUUUCAAUUAGGAAAAGACAAAAAUCCAAAAUGUUAGAGAAACAAAGUGCAAUAUUAAAUGUUUGCUUUAUAGAUCAUAUUCUAUGGCUGUUUGUACUUUUUUCCUUUUUUAUUUUUAGUUUUGGUGCUGAAUAUGUCCUUGUAGGCUCUGUUUUAAGAAAACAAUAUGUGGGAAAUGAUUUAAUUUUUCCAAUUGCUCUUCCUUGUGGAAAAUAAACUUUUUUUUUGUAAUA